AUGGGUCAACUACCAUCGUAUCCUAAGCCUGAUCCAAUCACACCGUCAAAACUAGAAGACUUUUUGAGGUCUUCCGUUGUUGGCGGCUAUAUAGAACAGCAUUUUGCAAAGCUCGCGAGAACGAAUUUAAAAAGUGAGCGAGAAAUCUACGAGAAUGUCACGAAUAAGAUGAUACAAUAUAUAACAAAUAACAAAGGAACUCAAUCGAUAAAGCAAUUACUAUUACAAAGUAUCAUUUCGACACUUUCUGAUAAAUUUAAUCAAGAAAAUGAGUAUAACAAUAUAUUUUCUCAUCUUGAUAAUGAAAUAAAUCGUGUUAUAAAUUCGGAAUCAGACAUUUCUGAGUGCCUAGUUCAAGAUAAUUUCAAAAUUUCUCCAAUAGCAAAUACUUAUUCAAUGGCUUUACAAAUUUUCAACGAAAUAAAACCAUCAACAGACUUCGCAGAAGAGUUUAUCAAUGCGCUACAUGAAAUUUGUGACGAAAAUGUGAAUUAUAACCAAAUAAAUCCAGAUAUUUUCCUUAGUAUCGAACGCCACUACCGCCAAAUAUUUUCACAACCAGAAUUCUCCGGUAAAAUUGUUAACGCAAUCGCUACAUCUUGUUUACAAAAUAAAAUUGAUUUGACUGGGUACUUAGUAUUAUUAUAUCAUCUAUUGCAGCAUCAAGAACUAUCUGAGCAUAUACUUUCCAGCCUGCCGCAGACUCUAAAUGACGCAGAUGAAGGAAAUUCUACAAACAAUUUGUCUAUUCGUGUCAGAUUAGGCGAAAACUCAAAAAUAACAAGUGUUUGCAGUACAAACAAUACUAUUUACGCUUUGGCAUCAGGAAAUAAACUAUAUUCAAUAGAUAUGAAUUCAAAAGUUGUAAAUCAAAUCAUAGAAGACCAAUUUCUAGAGAACGGAACUCUCUGUGCAACAAACAACUUAAUAUGUGCUACAACACCCAAAGAAUCCACGUUUAUUCUGCUAAUGGAAAAACAAUGCGAUUUCAAAACCGCUGAAACUGUUCCUAACGCUGUAAUCUCAUGUUUUUCAAUGCAGAAGACAGAUUUACUUGUCCUCACAUCAGAUAAUCAACUUUAUUCGUGCAAUGAAGAUAAUAAAACAUUAUUAGGUCAUGUUGAUGCCAAAGACCCAAUCUGCAUGCACAACUCGAAUGAUAUAUUAACAAUUAUAACAAAAACGGAGACAUUGAUAUAUGAAAUCUAUCCAAAUUUAAUUUAUCUCAAAUUAUUAUCAAGAAAAGUAUUAGAUUAUCAAGAAAACAUAGUUUCAAUAGAUUCCAAGUACUACAUAGCACUCCUUGCACACAGAUCUUACACAGAAUUCAUAAUGAUUCCAAGACAUGAUGGUCCUUACGUAAAUACUCAAGAUUUCAGCAGAGAACUCAUCUCACAACCCUAUACAAAUGCAUUUCACGAGAGUAUAAGACGAAUAAUCAACCUCAUGCCGUUGAAUUAUUUUGUAAAUGAAGAUAAUUCAAAAUACUUCAGAAUUUCAUCAUUUUCUUAUGACUACUGUAUUACUAUUCUCAAUAUUUUGCUAUCCAUAACACUCCCGGCCCAAUUAUCCUUUUCUAUUCUCCAUUCUGUCUUAUCCAUCGUUGCAGGCAUCGUAAAACACUUUGAUAUCACUGAGAAACAGGCCAAGGAAAUACAUUCUACCUUAUCUUCCCUUGCGAUUACGAAAUUUGCCUCGAAACAAUCAAUAAUUUUUAUAAUGAGCUACAUUAUGUCCACAGGCUUCGAAAAGAUCUACAGGAAGAGGAUCCCAGAGUUCAUUUCCCUCAUCAAAACCAUGUCAUCCGACUCAACAAAAAUAUCAUUAUUGACAAACUGUAUUCCAAUCUUCUUAUCGUCACCGGCAAUCGUAUAUAUAGACCAGAACUGUAUCAAAAAGAUACCAGAGAAGAUGAAAUACUCCGUUCAGAAAAAAAUGAUAUUUUAUUGCGCCCAAGAAAUCGAAAAAGGCACUGAAGAUGCCAUCAACGCCUUGCAUAGUUGCUUGCCAUCGGAUCUCUCCAACCUGAUCUUCUUCUUUUCCAUUCUUUCCUCAAAACACAUUGCCCAAUAUUCGACGGUUUUUUUGGACCAAGUUUUUCCGAUCAUAAAGAACUUGAUCGACCAAAUAAAGCCUAUCGUCAAUGAAUUUACAGAAGAAGAGCCAUUAGUUAGAGCAUCACCACAUCCCAUCAGAGAAUCAGUUGCUUUUUCAUGGGAAGUCGAAAUAAACGAUGCAAAAGCAAUUGAAGUGAAAUUUGACAGUAGAUGUUGUUUAAUUUUCGGAUCUACUGAUUUCAUGAAAGUCUCUGGCCAGGAUGGUUUAGUUUACCAAAGAAACUACUUAACGAAAGAACCAUUUCCCUCUAAAGUUUUAGUAAACGGUUCAAAAGCGGUUUUGACAGUUCAUUCUCAUGGCGGCGAAAGUGUUUACGGAAUAACUGCUUAUUUUAGAGGAAUUGGUAAAGACGAAAAAGCAAGAAAAUACCAUGAUAUAAUGAGCUUCUAUGUUGCAUAUUUAUUACAUAGAACUAGUCUUUGUUUCUGCGAAGUUUUCCUUCCAAAUCAAAAAGACGAAAACAUGAAACAUUGUGAUUUCCUUUUGAAUUCAAGAAAAUUGACACUUUUACCUGACGGAUUGAAACAAUUUGUUGCUCCAAAUGUCAUGGACUUAUUGUACCAAGAGAACAAAUCACAAAUAAAAGUGAAAGACGACGAGAAAGAGAUAGAAAGAAUGACAAUUUCAGCGGUUUUGAAUCAAUUAGAAAUAAUCAACAUUGUUCUCAAAAUGAAGUCACCUCACAUGAUGGUCACUCCUCCAUCUACACCGAAAAAGACAUCUAAAACACCUACACUUCAAAAGACAAUGAAGAACUUAACGAUUAAAAACAAAGCGUCAAUAAUUUUGCCAAUUUCCAUGUCAAAGAAAAUAACAAAUCCGUUGAGACAAACUCAGCCAAAUCCUUUACCAAAAAGUGACAAUUUUCAAAUGGAAGAAUUUAUUUCUUUUAUGAUGAAAGAGUUGUAUAAGAUGAGAUCUAAGAUAAGAUAUAACAGACAAAAAGGUGCAGGAAGUUCUUAUCUAAAUGAAGUACUCAAGAAAAGUGAGCAUUUCUCAAAUUGUAGAUCAGUUUUUGAAGAAUCAAAAAUUGUAAAUGACGAUAGAAAAAAUCAUUGCAUUGACUUAAUGAGAUUAAUUGGUUCUGAUACUCCUUUGAAUACUAUUAUAUCAUAUACGAACCAAUACAUCAAUAAACUCAGUGCACAACAAUCUGUUUCUAAUUUUUUGGCAAAAUUUGUAACAGAAAUCGAAAACAAAAAAUUUUUCGGUUAUUUGUUUUAUCCGUUAUUUACAUUUUUACUUGAAAAUGGAAAAACUCGGUUCAAAACUUUGGUUGCUAACAACUUUUACAAGGUGUUCGCACAGAUUGACUCAUUAAAAGAGUUUAAUGAGUUAAUGAUGUUAUCGGUUUUAACAGAAAUAAUCGUUUUCGGCUCAAAUUCACAACGAUCAAAAGAAUUGAUGAAAAUGAUUUGUGCGAGUGAAAAAACACACUUAGAAAGGAUUUUCUUGGAAGCAUUUUGCUCAAAUCUUUCUUACAGUUGUUUCUACGAUAACUACCAAAUUUUGUUAGAAAACGGUUUUGUCAGUGAAUGUUUACAAUGCCUCUCAAUUUUCUCACAGUCAUUUGAAAUGAGUGAAGAGAUUUUAAUGAGUGUUUCUCCUUAUUUCGCGUUCAAAACACCGAUAGAACUUGAAAGUUUUUACCUUUUACUAGGUAACUACUUUGCAAAUAAAGGUUUUGUAAACUAUUCAAUUCCGAUCAAUGACAAAAUCUACAAUUACCAAGAUUUCUUCAAACUCCUUCUCAAAAACAUUGGUUUAAGAUUGACAAAAAGUGACAUGACGAUAAUUAACAUACAAAAAGUGCCAAGUGAAUCACAAGACUAUUUAAUGGGUGUUUUAAUUUCAUUCUUCAGGACAUUACUUUUAUCAAAAUAUGCCAAUGAUUUGUUAGUUUUGUUUGACAACAUAAUUUUCGAUUACUCAAAAACAUUGAGUUCAAAAUUAGAAGUAAUCGCAAUUUUCACAAUUGUUGGUAGAGGAAUUUUGCCAUUUUCUUGCGGUUUUUGUAAAGUAGAAGAUCAUCCACUAAAAGAAGUGUACAGAAUUGCAGAAAUUACAGAAAGUGAAGUGACCAUUUAUGAUAACCGCUCACAAGAAAAACGGAAUUUCAAGAAAUCGAAAUGUUUUGGCUCAGCACGAAUUUCUUAUUCAUCCCAAAUGUUUCCAGCCACGAAAUUUAGAGCGAAUUUCAUCAUGACACAAUUAUUGCAGCCAUUAAAUAAAUCAUUGUUACAAUCUACAAUUGCUUUAUUCGCUUUGGAUAUUGUACAAAACAAUGAAUGGCUCGGAAUGUUGUCUUCUGUUUCUGACAACAAAAUUUUGGAUACGGCAAUUAAAUGUACAAAUGAAAUCUAUUUCCAUUCAAUUCCUGAAUUAAUGCAAGGAUGCCAGGAAAUAACAAAAUCAGCCGUUUUAUCUAAAUUAGUAAGACAAAAUAAGAAAUUAUUAAUUGGUGACGGUUUUGUAAAGAAAAGUGACAAAAUUGAGAUGAUUUACAAAGAAGGAAUGGAAAAAAUUGGAUUUUUGGGAAGUUUGUCAACAAACGAAUACCAGAAUGCAACUUUCAUUGAUUUCAAACAAAACUCUUUGUAUAUGUACGGAAACAAAUUCAUUUUGUAUAAUCAUAAAUUUGAAAAUGGAGAUAAAAUUUCGAUGUCACUUUUUGACAAUUCAAAAGUGACAUUUUGGAUCAAUGACAAAGAAAUCGAAUAUGAUUGCAACAUAAAUGACUACAAGGUAACAUUGUUUGCUGUAUCUAUUUUUGAUUUUGACAUAAAAAUAAGUCAAAAUCAAAUUUCUCAAAACCAAAAAUCUUCUUCUAAUUCCAAAUUCGAUGAACCUGUUUUCUUUGAUGAUAAUUUCGAUGACGAUGAUGGAUUCGUGCAGCAAAUUAAAUCAAAUUACCAACAGUUAGAACAAAAACAAAAUAUUAAAAUAGAAAAACCAAUUUCUGAUGAUUAUUUGGUCGCUGCAAGAAAAUUCUUUUUCACUUCAAAUAAUCAAAAAAUUGUGAACUUUACAAAACCGAAAGAUCCUUACAAAGUCAUUUACAAAGGCAGCAAAUUUUACGACAUGACAGGAAGAUUGAUUUCGCAAACAGACACAACUACAAAACUUGAAUUCGUUGACAAAUUGUUUGGUGAAAUAGAAACAGAAGAAUUACCAACAAUUGGUGUCAAACCGUUGUUAAAUUACAUUUUGCCACUUUUUGUAAGUGAAACAAUAUAUAAUAUAAUAGUUAUUAGAUGCAUCAGAUUCAUCUGUUUGCAUUUGCAAAUUUAUGAUAAUGAGAAAAGUUCAAAAUUGGUUCAAUCUCUUUGUUCUUCGAUUAUUUCUACAAAUUACAAAAUUCCAAAUGAAAAGAAUUUUAGUUCACUUUUGACUUAUUUCCAAAACUGUGUGAAACAAAUACCUGAUUUCAUCAAACAAGUCUUGUCCAUCAAUUUCGAAGAUAAUAGACAAUUUUACUUCACUUUUAAUUCUCCAAAAAUUGAAAAACAAAGAUUUGUAAAUGAUGUCACUUUUAAUUCAAAUUUGACAUUUGGAUUUUACUUUGAUGAUGAAUUUAAAGUCACAGGAACAGAUUACAUCAGAGUCAAUUCAGGUACAAAGGCGUUUUUCAUCAAAGAAAGUAGUUUUGGUCAAGGAAUAGAAGAACAGAAAAAUUUACAAUUAAAAGUGUCACUUUUUAACAGAAAAAGUGACGGAAUUCGAUUUUCAUUUUGUCCUAUUUUCAAAUUUGGCACAUAUUCGAAUCAGAACCAGAAAACAUUUAUAGUUAAUUUGAUUUAUUCGUUGACAGAAUUGAUUGGAAAAUCGAAAAUUUCUUCUGAAACGAAACAAAAAGAACUUUGCUUGAGUUUGUUUGAUUUUUAUUCUGAUUUAAUAUUGUCAGAAGACAAUGUAUUGAGUUAUGCUGCUUACCAGAAUUACUGGCAUAUUUCCAGCACAUCAAAUAUUUUAGAUGUUUCAAGACCAAGUGAAAUUUGGUUUGGAAAUCAUUUUUCGAAUCUUCAAAACGAAAAUUCCGAAUUUUCUCGACAGUUUAUUUUCGGAUUAGCUAUGUCUUGUAGAUGCAGAAUGUCAAUUAUCCCUGAUUUAUCAACAACUACUUCUUUGGCAAGGAUUGAAGCUUAUUUGGAAUCAUUACAAAUGAAUUCAAACACAAUGACAGAAAAUGUUUUGUUAUUGAUGUCAUUUUUGAAUUCAAAGGCAUCUAUACCAUUUUUAUAUGAUUGUUAUUUGUAUUCUACACGUCAUGGAAAUGUUACGUUCCAAGUAACGAAACAAGAUGAAACUUUUGUGUUUUCUGACACAUGGUCGAUAAAAUCGAUUAAAAGUGUUGAUGGAUCGAGUAUUCCUAGUGACAUGGCAGUAGAAAUCACGAAAAUGAAUGAUUUCCCGAAUAAUAACAAAUUACAUAUUUAUGCCGUUAAAGAGGAAAUUCCGAAUUUGAUAAUUGAUUUCGAUAUUCCUCAAAACAUCGAAAUCCAAAAAUACAUCCAAUUAAAUGACGAAAUGUCAAAGAAUUGGUCAAAGAAUUUUGAUAAAUCUAUUGCAGAAUUAACAGGAGAAUUAAAAAUGAUUUCUGAAAUGGAUAAAUUACGUUUAGAAGAAUAUCCAAAUGCUGCUGUAAAAGAAUGGAGAAGUUACUUGAUUUUGAGGUUAAAUAUGAUGUUGAAUAAACUCGUGAAAACUGAUUUGAGAUCGCCAACUUUAAGACCUUUGUUACACGAAAUAAGUUACGCGAUAGAACCACAAUAUAAAUACAAACAAAUCGAUCACGUGGCCAGACAAAACAUCACUGAAAAACCAACAUUAAACUUCUCAAGAACAGCUGCUGCUUUGGUACAAACGAAUCCAAAUUCUCCACACGCGAUUUCUCUUUUCGAUCAAGUUAUUUCUCAAGUUUCUCCUGAAAAACUUUCUAGUUUAAAGAACAGAAACGCGCCGUGGAUUGCGGAUUUGGUUGGAGAAGGAGCAAUCGACGCAGGAGGACCAGGAAGAGAUGUUUUCUCUGAGAUUUGCCAAGAAAUGUUUUUGCCAUUUAACAAAGUUUUCAUUCAGACACCGAGAACAAGGGCACAGAACCAAAUGUGCGAGUUCAUUCCUGAUCCGGAUUCAUCAGAAGAAAGAUUGCUUUAUGCAGGAGCUUUCGUUGCUUUGUGUUUCGUUACACAAAGUCCACAACCUUUGAAAUUAAAUUUUUCUGUUUGGAAAUAUUUGACAGGAAACGAAAUUUCAGAUCAAGAUUUGUUAGACAUGGAUCCUGAUUUUGCCGCAAGUUUGAAUGUUACAGGACAAAGACCUUUAUCUAUUAUAAGUUUAUCAGGAAAUAAAAUUGAUUUGAUUCCAUUUUGCGACCAAAAUUCAGUUGAUUCCGAAUUGUACAACCAAUUGGCAAUGGAAUACCGAAGGAAUGAGUUCAAUUUCGCAAUGAAAUCAUUCAGGAAAGGUUUCGAAAUUAUCAUGGAAAAGAGCUGCAGAGAAUUGUUGUCUCCUGACCAAUUAAAAUACAUCUUUUGUGGUCCAGACGAAAUAAGUGCAGCGCAAUUCAUAAGUUUGUUGAGGUACUUAACAGUUGCUGACUCAGCAUCGAAAGAGUACUUCGAAUGGAGCAUUUUAAUGAUGACAAGCGAGGAGAGAUCGAUGCUUCUCAAGUUUAUUACAGGAAGAGUUUCAAUUCCUGUGUCAGGAAGCGGCUCAAAUUUCGCAAUAAAUGUUCAUUUGGUUAAAUUGCAGAAAACGAAGCCGCCUUACUCUUUGCCGACAGCAGCAACUUGCUCGUCGACAAUUACUGUUCCAGCGUAUCCUUCAAAUGAGAUCAUGCUCGAGUGCUUGAGAAAGGCUCUCAGAUAUGGUUCAGAUUUCACAUUGGAUACACAACUUGACGCGACAACGCGUGCUUUUGAAUAA